AUGACACCCACGGCUACUACAGUGGCCAGCACCACCCCAAUCCAGACAAUUUAUUCCACCCCAGCCGAAGUGGACGAUGCUCAUAGGACACUGCAUGCAACUUUCCGUACUGGCAUCACCAAGGAUUUGGCGUGGCGAAGAUGGCAGCUCAAGCAGCUGUGGUGGUUGAUGGACGAAAACACGGAUCGCAUACUCGACGCUCUGAAGGCAGACCUCAACCGGCACCACUUUGAAAGUUUGUGUACAGACAUCAGGUCUGUAAAAUCCGACAUCAUUUCGCAUUUGAAGAACCUCGAGGACUGGACGUCCACACAGCCCAUCAACACCGGGAUUCCCCUGGGGUCGAGGCUCUUCAAGGCGCGCAUUCGCAAGGAGCCGCUUGGCGUCGCCUUCAUCAUGGGCGCCUGGAACUAUCCAGUGAUGCUUACGCUCCAGCCAGUCGUCUCGGCCAUUGCCGCCGGUUGCUGUGUGCUCCUCAAGCCGUCGGAUCUGAGCGUCCACUCGGAGCGGCUUCUGCAGGAGCUCGUGCCCAAAUAUCUAGACCCACGCGCCAUCCGCGUCGUCACGGGCGGGCCGGCCGAGACGGGCCACAUGCUCGAGAAGCGCUUUAACCACAUCUUCUUCACGGGAUCCACCAAGGUCGGCCGCAUCGUGGCCGCCGCCGCCGCCAAGCACCUGACGCCGGUCGUGCUGGAGCUCGGCGGUCAGGACCCGGCCAUCGUGCACAAGACGGCCGACAUUGACUAUUCGGCGCGGCGCAUCGCCCUCGCAAAGUUCCAAAACGCCGGCCAGGUCUGCCUCUCGGUCAACCACGUCUUUGUCGACCCGGAAGUGGCCGACGAGUUCGUCGAGCGCGUCUCGUACUGGUGCGCCCAGUUCAGCGAGGGUGAGGCCGCGGACCACCUGUGCCGCAUCGUCAACGCGCGCAACUUUGACCGGCUCUGCCGCCUGCUCGACGCCACCUCGGGCAAGGUCGUGCAGGGCGGCCGGCGCGACCCCGAGACCCGCUACGUGCAGCCGACGGUCGUCCGCGACGUCACCCUGGCGGACCCGCUCAUGUCCGAGGAGCUGUUCGGCCCCAUCCUGCCCGUCAUCACGGCGACGCCCGACGAGGCCAUCCGGGCCAUCGGCGACGGCCCGUCGCCGCUGGCGCUGUACAUCUUCGCGCGCGACGACGCCUUUGUCGAGCGCGUGCUCGACCGCACCCUCUCGGGCGGCGUGACGGUCAACAACGUCAUGGUGCACGUCGUCUUCGAGGACGCGCCGUUUGGCGGCGUCGGCGACUCGGGCUACGGCGCCUACCACGGCCGCCACGGCGUCGACAGCUUCGUGCACCGCCGCCCCGUCGUCCAGACCCCGUCCUGGCUCGACAGCCUCGUCGCCUUCACCUACCCGCCUUACACCAUGGACCACGCCGCCAAGCUGCUCGUCAAGAACUCGCUGGGCUUCAAAAAGGGCGAGACCAUGGAGGAUCAGCGCCGCGUCGCCCGCCGCGGCGGCCUCUGGUAUGCCGUCGCCUUGGGUGUGGGCGGCGUCGUGGCGGCCGUCGGUGCUAGGUAUUUGCAGGCUGGCUGGUGA